AUCGUGAUUGGAUCAAAUCCUACGUACGUACUCCAUAGAUUUGCUUCUUUACAUAGAAGCAUAUGCACCCUAUCCUCACCAACAACAACUUAAUCGAUUCUAGCGUGGACAAAUCACUUAGAUCUCUUUCUUCCUUCCUUCCAACUCUUUCAGUGUAGAACAGUCUACCAACAUAAUACAAUGGCCAGCGGUGGCGGUGAGGCUCCACCGAUUCCGCCGAAUGCUAAUGGCGGCGAAUUUCUACUCUCUCUACUCCAAAGACCUAACCACCAUCAUCCACCGCACCAGCAGCAACAAUCCCAAUUUCCUUCGCAAUUCUCUCCUUUUAUCACACCACAAUUACAAAAUCAACAUCCUCAGCCUCAGCCUCAGCCUCAGCCUCAGCCUCUCGGUUUUGAUCCUGCAGUUGCAGCUGUGGGCCCCAGUUUACCACUACUGCCUCAUCAAUUGCUGCAAUCCAACGGCCGUGAUCUUCUCUCAAAUACCCCUCCUCUCUGGUCACACAAUCUCGGCUUUCCGCAGAAAAACCAUGCUUUUCCUCACCCCCACCCCCUUGGAAAUCAAUUCCAAGGGAAUCAAUAUUUAGCAGAUGAUUUGCAAAGAUCAGGGCUUUCAAUUGCGGAGGUUAGAGCUAAUAACAACAACAAUAAUAAUUUGAUUCAGCAUCUGCCUCAACAGAAGCAACAGUUAGAGCAAAAGCUACAGUUUGGUUCUUUUUCAAGUGCAAUUCCAAGCCCUGCUGACGGUUUAGUCAAUGCGAAUUUGAUGCGAGAAGUAGGACCAGGGAGCAGAAAUUUCAAUGGAUUGGAAAGGAAUCGGCAUCUCGAGAAGCAAGCAAACUCGCAUUCGACGAAUUUUGAAGUGCGACAGCCAGGAGCCAGCAGUGGAGGGCGGGGAAACCUUCACAAGGAGCAGCACCAGAAUUACAAGUCUCCGCCUCCGGGGUUUUCGAAUAAGCCUAGAGGUGGAGGAGGAGGAGGGAAUUGGGAUCAUGGAGGUAGGAGGAGAGAAUUAGAGCAUACUAUGUAUAGGGAAAAGGGAGAUUAUAGUGAAUUGAACAAUGAGAAAGCGAGGAGAAAUGAGGGGUCAGUUGAGGUGAGGUUUACGAGACAGCUUGAUCGUCCGGGUCCACCUCCUGGGAGUAAUCUUCAUUCGGUUUUGGGUUCAGAGAUUAAGGAGUCUUUGAUCAAUUUGGAUGGUGAAGAUGGAGGGUUGUUGGAUGAUCUUGGUGAAGAGCUGAUGGAUUCUUUGUUGCUUGAGGGUGAAUCUGAUGGCAAGAAAGACAAGAAGCAAAGUAGCAAGGAGUCUAGAUCAGAUAGCAGGGGACACAACAUACUUAGUCAGAGGAUGAGAAUGCUUAAAAGGCAAAUGCAAUGUCGUUUAGAUAUCGACAGGCUAAAUGCUGCUUUUCUUGCAAUUUAUGAGUCACUGGUACCGCCAGAGGAAGAAACGGCUAAGCAGAAGCAAUUUUUUAUGUUGUUGGAGAAACUAGUUAGCAAGGAAUGGCCUGAAGCUCGAUUGUACCUAUAUGGUUCAUGUGCCAAUUCAUUUGGAGUUUCAAAGAGUGAUAUAGAUGUUUGCCUCACAAUUGAGGAUGCUGAGAUUAAAAAGUCUGAGGUCUUGUUGAAGUUGGCAGAUAUAUUGCAGGCGGAUAACCUCCAGAAUGUGCAGGCGUUGACUCGGGCUAGGGUUCCCAUAGUAAAGCUUAUGGAUCCAGUGACUGGCAUCUCUUGUGACAUCUGCCUAAACAAUGUUUUGGCUGUUGUGAAUACCAAGCUUCUUCGGGAUUAUGCACAAAUAGAUGUGAGAUUACGGCAGUUAGCUUUUGUAGUGAAACAUUGGGCCAAGUCAAGAGGAGUAAAUGCAACUUACCAAGGGACCCUAUCUAGCUAUGCGUAUGUUUUAAUGUGCAUUCAUUUCUUACAGCAGCGUAGACCUGCUAUCCUUCCAUGCUUACAGGAAAUGGGAACAACAUACUCUGCUAUUGUAGAUGAUAUUCGGUGUGCCUACUUUGAUCAAGUUGAGAAACUCCGUGGUUUUGGAUCUCGUAACAAGGAAACAAUUGCUCAAUUAGUAUGGGCAUUUUUCAAUUAUUGGGCAUAUCGUCAUGAUUAUGCAAAUGGUGUUAUAUCUGUUCGAACAGGAAGCAUAAUCAGCAAACGGGAAAAGGACUGGACAAGGAGGAUUGGGAAUGAUCGACAUUUGAUAUGCAUAGAGGACCCCUUUGAGAUAUCGCAUGACCUUGGUAGAGUUGUGGAUAAAUUCAGCAUAAAAGUUCUGAGAGAGGAGUUUGAGCGCGCAGCAGAUAUCAUGCAGUAUGACCCGAAUCCCUGUGUAACGCUUUUUGAACCCUAUAAUACUCCUAGUUGACUAGCCUCUACUUGGAGAACCAUAAUAGAUGUAUUUAUGUCCAAGUUAUACCCUGCGUGUAAAGUCACUUUUGCCAUCUUAUCCUCAUUUCUAUAUAUGCCUUCUGCACGUCUUAUGUUU